AGACCAAAUAUUUCUGGUUCUUAAUAAACGCUGACAAUAGGUAAUUGACAGCCCUUAAAAAUAAAAUAUCUAGUCAUAAAAAGUCGAACAAAACUCAGACCUGCGACCGGAACUACAGCAUAUCCGCUCAAGAAGAGUUGGUUUUAUUAUUGACUUUGGAAUUCAAGGAUGCAUUCUCCAUUUUAAUGAGCGAUUUGAAUUUACGGCAUUGAACACCAACAGUUUAUGUGAAGAAAUGAUGACAUAGAAGAAAAUCUUCAACCUAUUCCUGUAAAGACAGGAUUCAAACUUGAUUUUGCAGGAUUUUGUGGGAUACAGAAAAAGCAAACCCACUAAAAAAAAAGUAUUUGUCUAAAAUGAAUCUCAACUGUGUAAAUCAUGUUAUUCCCAAGAAAGUUAACUUGUGUAGGGUCGUGGAGAGAAUAAACAACUUUCUGUUGCCAACUUCCAGCCGUUCGGAGUGCGUGCCGUUUUACGUGGAGAACGAUCAAGUGGGAAUUGUCACACCUGAGGUGGCUCUGCUAUUACAGGAACACAGUGACCUUUUCACAGUCAGCAGUACAUCCAUCCACCUCAGUAACAAGUAUGGGACGUUUGAAGAGAGGACUGAAGUCAUGCGGGUAUUCUUAGAAUCGCUCAGGGACACGGGGAAACUUCAUAGGUCACUAAAAGGUUGGAGAAAUGAGACCUACAAUAUACGACAUUCUAUGAGUGAGCCUGUUUUGUUCAAAAUGGAGAGAUCUGCUGCUGGUCCGUUUGGAGUGGUGACUUAUGGGUGUCAUAUUAACGGUUACACUUACAAAAACGGAGAAAUGAUGAUGUGGAUAGCGAAAAGGUCACCGACCAAACAGACCUACCCAAAUCUCCUAGACCAAUUUGUGGCUGGGGGCCUCAGUUCUGGUCUGGGGUUCCGGGAGUGUGCAGAAAAAGAAUGUCAAGAGGAAGCCUCGAUACCAGAGAAGUACCUCAAAAAUCUCAAGUCUACAGGAACUAUGAGCUGUAUACAUGAAGAUGAGAGGGGUGUUCAUCCAGAGGUGGAGUUUCUAUUUGACCUGAAGCUUCCCGAGGACUUUGUACCUGUGAAUGCUGAUGGUGAAGUUCAAGAGUUUAAACUUUAUCCUGUCUCAGAGUUACAAGAUAUAAUUGUUCUAGAUUCCUUCAAACCAAACAGUGCAGCCAUUGUUUUGGAUUUUUUAAUACGACACAACAUUAUUAAUCCGGACAAUGAACCUUCCUACUGUUACUUGGUAGAAAUGUUACAUUACCCGAUACAGACUUUAUUCAGGAAGCUACCCAAAGUCAUAUGAUGAGUAUGCAUAGUUAGUUUGGACUUGGAUUAAUCCUUUAAGUGGCCAUCGAAUAAAAAAAAACUUGUUAUGUAAAUCCAGUGGUUUGACAGAGUGGGUCGUCAGUCUUCAGCACUCUGGGCGAGAUGACAGCAUUUUUAGAGAUAUGUGUACCAUUUCACCUAUUCUGCGCGAAAUGACAUCAUCAUGGUGGACUCUUGGGACCAUGGAUUAAUACUUUUUAUUAGUGUCUGUGGAUGUCUCAAUCUUUUUUUUUUCUUGUACACUAUAACAUUCAAAUUAUGCUGUAUUGUUGUUAAUGUCAGCAGGCUAAUACUUGUAGUAUUUUAGAAGGAAUAGUCUUGCAGUUGGUGUAGUAGAAAUGCUCUGUGGUUUUGCCUUGUUUUUCUAUGCCUUACAUGGUAUUUUUUGUCUAUUGAGCAGGAUUGCCAUAAACUUUGUUUUACUGUAAACCUGUUUUGUGGAUAAUAGUUAUCAGGAAAUAACUUUUCAUAUCUUGGCAGGACCAAAAUGCAUUAGCUGUUGCAAAUCGAAUUUACAUUUUUUCUGUUAGCUGUCUUAAGUUAUUUUUGCUGUGUGUUGGAUUACCAGUAAUUUUGGUUUAGUUUUUAGGAUAAAUUCUUCAUGUGUGAUGUCCCAGUGACCAAAGUUCAAGCUGAUACAAGUAAUUUUUUUUUCUUUUUUGGUCAAUGUUAUUUUUUAUUUCAACAUGACAAUUGUAUAGAUAAUGUGACAUAGGAAUGCAGAGCGAAAUGCUUCUGAACUUUUACAGACUGGUUUGUCUUGUUUUCAAUUUAAUAAUUCUUGAUUAAUAAUCAGGUUUUUUUAAUGUUUAAAUUUAAUAAGUUUUGCAUAUCCUGAGGAUUAAAAUGGCUCUUAUCCAUAUUUACAAUUUACUACAUCUCUACUUAUGAAGAUUGAUUUUAUUGUUUUUUACUCCCUCACCCUUGUGUGAAUUUUGCUUGUCUCUGUGAAAUAAAAGUGCUUCAACACA